CGCACGUCCACCUUCACCUCGAACUUUCAACAACCACGUUCGGUCGACAACUACCUCCAAUCUCUACGCCAUCAUGGGUAGAGUCAUUCGGAACCAGCGCAAAGGGCGCGGAUCCAUCUUCACCAGUCAUACCAGGUUGAGAAAAGGAGCUGCCAAGUUUCGACAGCUCGAUUAUUCGGAGCGUCAUGGAUACAUUCGCGGCGUAGUGUCUGAAAUCAUCCAUGAUCCAGGUCGAGGUGCACCGCUCGCGCGUGUCCAGUUCCGCUCGCCCUACAAAUAUGGCCUCAAGACCGAAACCUUCAUUGCCAACGAGGGACUUUUUACUGGCCAAUUCAUCUACGCCGGCAAGAAUGCAGCAUUGAACAUUGGCAACAUCCUCCCCUUGGGCGCAGUCCCCGAAGGAACAGUGGUUUCGAACGUGGAAGAGAAGACCGGUGACCGAGGCGCUUUGGGACGAACUUCGGGCAACUAUGUGACUGUGAUUGGACACAACCCAGAUGAGGGCAAGACCAGGGUCAAGCUCCCCAGUGGUGCAAAGAAAGUUGUUCUCAGUUCUGCUCGAGGCAUGAUCGGUAUCGUCGCUGGUGGCGGACGUACCGACAAGCCUAUGCUCAAGGCUUCCCGCGCAAAGCACAAGUUCGCCGUCAAGCGCAACUCCUGGCCCAAGACUCGUGGUGUUGCCAUGAACCCCGUUGACCAUCCCCACGGUGGUGGUAACCAUCAGCACAUCGGCAAGGCCUCGACCAUUUCGCGGUACGCGGCCCAAGGUCAAAAAGCCGGUCUUAUUGCUGCCCGGAGGACUGGUUUGCUACGUGGUACCCAGAAGACCAAGGAGUAGAUGUGAUGUUUGUACGGGGGACUUCCAGAAAACGGCGUGGACUGUGUUACGGCUCUUUUACGGCAUUUGCGACACCAGCACACAACACGGAAGUGGAAAAGGGUUCAAAGCUCCGACGUCCGGAAAAAUGCUAAUAGAUGCAUUGUCAUUGAACAGGUGCUAGUUGAAGCUAGAUAGCCUGGGGUUGCGGUCGCCAUUUCCGCAAUGAAGAUCGGAUUGAGACGAUGAGAAGAUUCUGCAGGGCGCGAGCAAGGGAGAUUGCCGUCAUCUCCAGAACCUCACAGUGACCGAAACCGAUUAUAUGACAAAGUCGAUCACCCCCUUUUUUUCUUUGUUGUAGAAGUCCUCAGCCGUAGACCGCGAAUCUUGUGGCGUGUCAAUGUUGGAAAUCCCCCCUUUUCUUCCCAAAAGAAAAGGUGUCACGAGAACACCCAUAUGCA